ACUCCUUGUCGUCAUGACCGAGUAUGUGGCAUACGGCGAGCUGUACCAACUCUGGCAAAGUCUUGUCACGUUACCGGACAACUUGGUGGCUCUCUAUGUUGCUGAAAUUGCCGUCACGAUUGACUUCCUACACAACGCUGGUGUCAUCUACCGGGACUUGAAGAUGGAGAACUUGCUUCUAGAUGAAGAUGGCCACAUCAAACUAAUAGACUUUGGUCUUGCAAAGUGGCUUCGAUACGGCAGCAAAACUGGCAGCAUAUGCGGGACUCUUCACCUUAUGGCCCCAGAAGUGUGUGCUGGGUCAUGGUACGGCCACAGCGUUGACUGGUGGUCCCUGGGCAUCAUCGCUUAUUGCUUGGUGGUUGGACGCUACCCAGUUCCUCUGCAGCUAAACCACGCCUCCAUGAUGCACGCUAUUUCUAAAUGCAAUUACUCGCUGCCUGAGGGCACCAACCCGGACUUGGAGUCUCUGAUAAAGGGACUCCUGAACCGCGAUCCUAAGGAGCGGAUACACAGCCUCGUCCAGCUGCAGAGGGAACCUCUCUACGCCGACACUGAUCUCUCCACCAUUACUCGCAAGAAGGUGGCGCCACGGAAGCUUUUGGAGGAAUACAUUGAAAAAAAGACCCGCCAAAAUUUCGAGGAUUUCGCAGGGCUUACAAGCACUCCUAAGCACUGUCAGAAAUCAGGCACUUCGUCCGAGCUGUGCUCCUCCCCGGGCAUCGACCGCGCAGGAGUAUCCAGCCCCGCCUCUCACCGAGGGUCUAGAAUCUCUCUUGGGUUCCACAAACGUUCUGCCUCGUCGCCACUGUUGCAUCCUGGACGUUUGGGGCACCAUGACACGGCACUGAAGUGCGGAGGUAGCGUGGCACACUCUAAUGGAGCUUCUGUGCCCAUACUACAGUCACCCCUGUUAAGGCUGGCGCGCCAGCACUGCAUUAAUCAGGCGUCCGUGCGCUACUCAAAGUCUCCUAAAGUCCUGCCUCGGUCCCACGCCCACUCCUACGUCAACAUCACAACCUUGUCAUCUCCUUCGCCUUCUCUCUUGCGCUCACAAAAAAUUAAGGAUCGCAAGCAGCGCUUCAGAGGCAGUAAGAAACAACCAAGUUUGCCGACGUUGCAUCAAGAAAAUUCCUCGUUUGAUUCAAUGAGAAUGUCGAAUUCUAUCAAUGAAAUCCCGAGUUGCUUGGAAGGAUCUUCAUCCUCAACGAGUUGCGAGAAACUUUUUUGCUCGCACUCGUUAAAUGCAAACGAAUCCAGCAAUUCGAGCUCCCAGAAAAGUCAGUUUGUGAGACCUCGAUCUGCAGAUCUCUCAUCGUCAAAAAUUAUCACCUCGAAGAGCUUUUGCGUUGGUGGUCAAGGGAAAUCUACUUCUCCUUCGGCAGGCAGUCCUGUUCUCAGUAGAGUAUGUGGUGUACCUUUUGUUAACACCCUUCCUCCAAUCGCCUGUAGUCCUUAUCCACCGUCUUCCCCUAACCCUUCCUCGAGUCCUUUGUUUUUCUCUUCCCCAGCUCCCUCAGCCCAACCCAUGUAUGGGAGUUCGCUUCUGCCACCACCCAACCCAAGUGCUCAUUUUUUUAGCGCAUCAACCUCUUUGUCCCCGGCACCUCAGUUGCCUGAGAAUGGCGAUGUCAGCUCAGGAAGCCGCGACACAAGCAAGGGCAUUGCGCACGACUCAGCAUGCGACGUCAUUGCGCGUGGGCCAACUUUGGUCGUUCAUGAUGACGAUGGCGUCAAAAAUGAAAAUGAUUCAGUGCUUACGAGUCUAAGAAAUUUUCAGUUAGUAAGCAAGUGGUCCCUAGAAAAUCCAUCGGCGUCUUGUUCGAAUUUCCAGCAGGAAAAAGGCUCAUUCGACGGUGAAUGUGUAAAUACCGACAAAGCUAGAGGCAGUGAUGAAUUAAUUACCGAGUCAAUUCUGCUUCCUUCUGAAAGUUCAAUGUGCCUGCCUGUCAGUCCAACCGUAAGUGGUGUAGUUCCCUCUGCCGAUGUUUCCAGGUUAGAUAGAGAUUUGUGUAGCCAAUCCUCAGGAACAUUGCCUGUCGUGACUACAAGCGAAUUCUCUGCAACAAUUGUGCCGUCAGUCCUCGUAAGUCCUACCUCAUGCGCUGUGACCAUCAAUGAUUCUUCUUAUUCAGGGUUUUCCGCUACAAACUUUGUUACAACUGAUAACUCAAGUAGUUUCAUCUCGACCGCAUCUAUAGAUGAUGCUGCAGAAUCUAGUCCGCUUAGGUUCAUAGAAUCUUCGAGUCAGGAAGCUCAGCUUGCUCCUACGAGCCACGCUCGCUGCGCAUCGCUGUCUAGUUCCAAUACUGUAGGAUUUGCCAGCAAGGUUUCUGAUAAAUCAAUGAACUCUUCGUCCAUUUCUAAUCAUCGUAGAAUUGCUUCAUCUUCAGACUUUACAACUGCAAAGAGCACAGAUAUUGAGGCUAGUUUUGAAGCUGAUUCCAGAGUUGGAACUGUUGAUAUCAAGAAUUCAACGUCUCUUAGGCUUGGCCGCAAGCCAAACUUCGGUUAUGUACUCCCUCGAUUUCAUGAUAAAGAAAGCGAAGUAAGCGAUAGUGCCUCAUCCAGAGCUGCCAUUAAAGAGAAGCUUGCUCACUUCCAGGACAGUCUUGACCGCAUCACUGCUUUCCAAAAAGACUUGCAGCCUUAUGAACCACCGACGAGUACUGGUGUUUCCACGCCGUUUCCGUCCCUUACGAAAACUGAUUUUGCGACAUCCCAACCCCCGUCUCAAUCUUUACCCUUAUCUUUAAAUUCGUCCAUUUUAGUCUCGUCGAAAGAAAUUGCAUCGGCUCCUUCAACUCUUGCUUUAACUUCUGCGUGCAGCUCUUCCAUUUUAGCUCCUGGCUCUGCUCCACUUAAUGAUGAAAAUUCUGAAGUGUCGAAUAGCAGGAAAAUAAGAACCUCUCCUGUAACGUAUUGUAGAACUAAAGCGACGUCUCAAUCUUCAUCAUUAACCAACAGCUCUCAGACAACCUUGUCAUCGCCGAGGUUGUCUCGAGCAGCCUCCAUUCGCACGUCUCCACAUUUCCGAUAUAGGCAUAACAUUCGAGAUUCAACAUCUCGAGUGGAUUUAGAAAGUUCGUUUGCACCGUCACCAGCCGGAAAUACAGCGUCCGAUGUGAAGAAACCAGAGUCUUCUUCUAGUAUGUCCGACCCUAGCCGUGGAAAUAUACACUUAAAUGACGACACGCAUAAAAACUCUUCUGAUUUACUUUCGUCUCCUAAGUGUUCUAGGAGCGUGAAUUCUACUUCCAGUUUAGUAUCGUCCUCGUCUCAUACCACGUUAUCUCCAAAAGCAACAUCUCCUCAGAGCCUUUCUUUCCCGGAGACCAAAUCUGCGCAAGACCUUAGGCAAGUUGCCGCCUCAGCAGCAGUAUCGUCUUCACCAAGAUUUCUGAUUAAUCAUGUCCAAGUUUCCAAUACUGAUGGUUAUUUCGUUCCGUCUUCUAAUAUUUUAACAAACAACUCCGAUUCUUCGGUAAUUUCUUCAAAUAUGAUAGCCAGUAGCGAUUCGCUAGCCUUAGUCGGCACCAAAUCCGUGUUUACGGAAGACUCUCACGGCGCGGGUGAUGAAAAAAAUGCCAACAUAGAUUUCUUCAACAAAAAUAAUAACAAUUAUAGUAUCCGUCAAUGAUUGUGACCAAAGAGAUGUUCUACAGGUAAUUGUAGCUGUAAGUGAUACCUGCUAAACAGCUGGCUGCUUCUACCAACUACUUGUAAGUUAAUAUUAGUAAUUAAAUUUUAUGCGAGUUUAGGUGAUGGUAUCUCGAGGGUUCGAGCCCGACGCUGGUCACGACUUCAAUGCUAUAUAUUUCUUGACCUUCUUACUAUAAAUUCUAUGUUCAUCGUUACGCCUAUUUGUGUUGGUGUUUUCAGUUAACUGAGAACGCUUGGAUUUAGCCCAUGGAUUGUAUUCUUGUCCUCUCUCAUUGAAAUGUGACGGAUAAAUUUGCUUUCGGAUAAAUUCAUGAUCGAAUCCGGAUCUAAAUUUUUUCUUGACCAGGUUUUUUAACUUUUGGUUUGUAUGAAGUAAUGCGAUGAUUCUUCAUUUUAUUAUAGUUCUAUUCUACCUCUGGCAUCGGAAACUUUGAUUUAUAUCUCUCCUAUAGUGGCGAAUAAGUGAAUUUUGUAUUCAUUUUGAUUUGUGUAAUCGUUCCGUGAAGUACUUUCGAAUUAUUAUUUCAUAACUAUUACUAUAUAUAUUUUGGCAAGACGACAAGUUUUGCCUAGAUUUAUGCCAUAAUAAAUGUAAGCUUUCCUUUUAGGUCAAAUUUUUCAAGACAAGUACUGCCUACCAAAGUGUCAUUUAUGAGUAGCAUAAGAUGCCAUCGAGCCUAUUUUAUAUAUAUCAGAUGCAAGCGUUUCUGUGCUGCGUUCGAAUGUGCUGGUGACAGUCGAGGAGAGAAUGUGCUGGUGACAGUCGAGGAGAGAAUGUGCUGGUGGCAGUCCAGGAG